GACAGACCUUGGUGACUUUUUUGAUUUUUUUUUAACUGACAUAGAAUUAUAACUUAAGUAAAUAACAUAUGAUGGAAUAAAUGGAAAUAUCUAGGUGGCUCCCGAUUCUUCUGGGGUGUUCUUUGCUUCACCACACAACUGCUGCGUACGUAGAGAUCGGAAACCUGCCCGCCAGCGUGGCGAUAAACGAGGACGAGGACACGUGGCCUGUAUAUCUCUACAGUGUCCGCGUCUACACUAGUGGCGGCACGGGUUUCCCAAGCUGUACUCUCUCAGACACCGCUAACUUCCGGUUCUCCGCUACUGACACAGUGACAGGACAGUUUGAGAUCUCCACGACGUCAUCACCUUCGUUCGACUACACGGCGUCACCUGUGACGUUAACGGUAGAGUGCACGUACGACGUAAAGUCUGACAGCAAGGAUCUGACCGUGAACGUGGAACAGAACGUCCCACCUAGCUUCAGCACUACCACGCCGUCUGUGGACAUAUCUGCCAAAACGACACGACCGGGCCAGAUCAUCUACACAUUCUCAUACACUGACACUGACAGCCCUCGCCCCCUCCACUUAUCCGUGCUUUCCGCCGUGGACAGUACCGGUGCCGACGCAACAUCAGAGUUUAAUGUCUCCAACGACGCAUUGUUCUUGGAAUCUGACAUUAAGCUGGUCAAGGUCACUUCCUACACCGUCACCGUGGUAGCCGGUGACAACGAGCGUCCCGCCAACUCGCAGACGUUCACCAUCACUGUCAACGUCAACGACAUUAACCUGAAACCGGAGUUCCUUAUCAACGCUUUAAGCGUGUUGUUUCCGGAAGGGACGGCAGGGCGGACGCUCCUCCACACCAUAAGGUACUCGGAUGGUAAUGGCGACCCCGUACAGAUCGAGUACGACAUCCAGGAUGCAAACAACGCCAUAUUCGACCUAGUUCCAUCGACGGGUGAGGUGUACCUACUGACUGGCAAUGCGUUUGACUACGAGGCACAGCCCACGUACACGCUGGUGGCGAAGAUAAAGGACCCGCUAGAGAGUGGCGACAACACGUUCACGUUGACCGUCAUCGUCAACGACACCAACGAGGCGCCAACGUGGACCGGCAUCCCCACCGCCAUCUCUGUGGACGAGAACCAGGCGGUAGGCAGCGUGGUGGAGACCCUGUCCACUCACUGCACCGAUCCGGACACGAUCCCGCCGGAAACUAUCUCAUAUGAGUUCCUCUUCAGCACAGAACAUACGUAUUUCGCUAUCAACAGCUCGGGGGUCGUAACUUUUGCUGUCUUGUUUGACUACGAUGACGUUAACUUAGCCAACGAGUUUAACCUGACUAUCCGUUGCUUCGAUAACAGUGGGUUUUACGAUGACACCUAUCUCACCGUGACCGUAAACGAUGUCAAUGACAAUAGUCCCACGUGCUCUCCUUCCACGACGUCACUGAGCCUACGGUACGACCAGAACGUCAGUGAGACCAUACAAACGCUUGAUUGCACAGACAUUGAUAGCACUGUGAACGCCGAACUAGAAUACAGUAUUCUGGGUCACGCCAUGGGAUACGGCACCACAUACUUUCAAGUUGACGCAACUGGAAACGUUUCAAUAUCCCAGACGUUCCAAAUGGACUUCAACACAACGUUUUACGUGAACAUUUUGGUUAAUGACAAAGGAACGCCACCUUUAUCGACUACUGUGACGUUGACGGUGACGUAUACUGAACGGCCGUUAAAUAUAACUUACUCCAAAGUGGAAGACUGUUUUGCCUGCACGACAAGCGCGAUAACCAUUUUGGCGGCAUUCGGCUUGGUUGGAUUUAUGGUGACAACAUGUUUUGUUGUGUUGCUCAUAUUGAAAUGUUGUUAUGAUUAUGAACAAUGGAAAAUAAAGAAAGCGUUUUCAAAGAAAAGGAAAAGAAGUUGGCGAUGUUUCGGGUGUUGCCGUCCAAGUGAGCGAGAGAAGCGUACAGCUGAGAAGGCGGUGGCACGCCGUAGGCGAGACGAGGAGUACAUCCGGGCACGCAACCAGCUCAUGGGCAUCACCGAAGAGGACGGCCUGGGUCCGGAAGAUACUGUCGUAUCAUCGAUCCCCACGAAGCCAGCCAUGCGAAAGAAGCGCCCAGUCCCGGUCGCUGGUCCAUCUGCCACCGCUAGCACGAGUUUGACUGGCCGUGAGCGAGACCAAACACCGGAUAUUGGCAUCCGAUCCAUGCAACAGCCCCUGACCACGAGCCAAAAAGAGCAACUUGAGAAAUUUCAAACGAUGAAGAAAAACGCUAACGAUCCGGCCAAACACAACAAAGAACAGGCAGCCAGCGGGAUGGUGUGGGCCUUCCAGGGAAGAAAAUAGCCCGAUCGCUAUUAUAAUCGAUUUCGAAAAAUUAUGAACAAUGAUAUAUUAUUGGAUUUUAUAAAAU